AUGCAACCAUCCGGAUGCAGUUCAUCAAUAGCUAACAACUCCAACAGUAACUUCAGAAGCAACAAUAAUAACGGUUCAAAGUUAACAUUGGGAUCACCUUGCUCAUCACCAGCAAGCCUAUUUGGAAUCAAUCAAUAUAGUACUACUAGUAGUAACAUAGUCACUGCCAGUGGCAAUAGCAAUAGCAACAACAUCAGUGGCAGCUUGGAAAUGAAUAGUGUACUUCAUAAACUGGACAUCAGGAGACCGAGCAUCGCAUCGGCUUCAUUAUCAUCACUGGACGACAUGUCAGGACCAAAUGGCGCCGACUCUGCCGACCACCCCACUCAUACAUCAUCUGGCAACAGCUCAUCAAUGAACAACAAUGGCAGCAACACACGCGUCGCCGACGAGAUCGACGUCGUGAUCAUUGGAGACGAGAACAAGGCCCGUUUCAUCACACGCUUCCUAAACAACGGCAUCCAGCUGGAUCCAACAAUAGACGUGCCCUGUCGCCGUCCCGUCAUGAUCAAGAGUGGCACAUACAACGUCAACAUCCAUACAAACGUCGGCCAGGAGGAGUUCUGGGGCAUCAACGACAUGUACAAUCGCCAGGGCCACGGCUUCAUCUUUGUCUACAACGUCAACUCGCGUGAAUCAUUCAACAUGUUCCUGCAGCUGCGCGAGAAGAUCCUCUUUGACAAGGGCACCGAGAACGUGUUAAUGUCGCUGGUCGGCUACGGCGAGCAUGAGAUCGACCGCGAGACUGGCGAGCGUCGCCAGCGCGAGGUGCCCUUUGCCGAGGCCAAACGUCUGGCCGACCUCUACUCAUAUCCAAUCAAAGAGAUCCCUCACUUUGGCGUCGAGUCUGAGCAGCACAUCAACGCCUGCGUCUCGGACCUGCUGCAUCGCAUCACACACUUCCACACGGGCGCUUCGUCGUCUAGCACCGGCUCGUCGGCACAUCACGCUGGCGCCCAAGGCGCAGCGGGCGGCAAGGGAGGCGCCACUCCACAAUCACACAACUCGGCCGAGAUCGUUGUGCUGGGCGACCUGUUUGUCGGCAAGACGCAGUUCAUCCAGCGCUGCGUAGCCAGCCCAUUCUCCAACAGCUAUCGCGAGACCACCGAGUGGACCAAGACCGUGAUCCAGUCACAGAUGAACGACGUGCGCUACUUCCUCAAGAUGACAGACACACGUGGUCUCUUUGCCGAGGAGGGUCUGACGCGCGAGCGUCUCCUCUCAUCACAGGCCUUCAUCUUUAUGUACAGCAUCACCUCGCGCAACAGCUUCACCUGUCUGGACGCACUGCGCAAGAAGGUCAUGGCAUGCAAGUCAGAGUCGCGCCACAUCCCCUGCAUCCUGAUCGGCAACAAGUCGGAUUGUUUGACGCUGGCACGCCAGGUGACCACAGGCGAGGGCGAGGAGCUUGCCAAGCGCUGGGGCUGCCCAUUCUUUGAGCUGUCGAUGCGCUCCAGCGACGACGAGGACGUGCUCAAGAGCAUCUCACACUUGCUGCUUGAGCUUCAGAAGAACAGUUUGAACAACAUUGACGUGGGCGAGUUCAAGAAGGAGGGCUACUUGAUGAAGGAGGGCAAGAAGCUCAAGUCCAUGACCAAGUACUACUUCCGUAUCAAGCGCGGCUCACUACAAUACUGCAAGAAUCAAUCAUCGGCGACAAAGAACAACAAGACCAUUGAAUUGGCUGACUCUGUGCAUGUGCAGGCGCAACCACACAACGAGAAGAAAGGCGAGUAUCCAUUCUCACUGCUCGUCGAUGGCAAGCAGAUCGUGCUGGUUGCGGCCAGCGAGUCGGAGCGCGACCAAUGGAUCACGGCCAUCAAGGUCAACUGCUAUGUUAACGAGUUCCUGACCGGUCUGCUGGACGACGUGCUGACGACGAUGGUCGGCGAGAUUGCCCACCAGUCACUGGCGCAGCUGCAUAAGCGAAGCGACUCGAACAAGUCCUUCUCGUCAAUGUCAUCCAUAUCCUCGCCAACCGAGGGCUCUUCCGUCUCCACCUCAUACCUGUCGUCAUCAUCAUCCUACUUGUCCGAUCUGUCGUCAUCGUUUGGCGCUGGCGAAUCGCCUGGCGUCUACUCACCCUCGAUUGGUAGCAGUACAGAUGGCAUCAGCACUGGAGGCGGCACUGGCGGCAUGGUCGUUGGCUCUGGAAGUGGGAGUCCAAGUCCACUGAAACGCAACAUACUUCAGAGAUCGACCAGCUUUAAGAAGCACUGA